AUGGAUGCUGGCUAUCCCCAGUUCGGUGGCUAUAAUGCUAUCUCGGCUCUGUCAACCGCAUUUUACUCUUUUCUAGUUGCACCUCAGGACAGGAAGCGAGAAAGUUUUCAGGGAGGAUUCGACACGAGAUGGAAGGAAACUUGCCGGACUCAGAUCCUGUCUUCGACAAACAAGAUGUAUUACACCCCUCGAUACAUCUCGCAAAGCGAUUGGCGUCGGCAGUGUUUCCAUAGUGCAAGACAUAGACGAAGACGUGCCGAGAAAGAGGUGGAUCAUCUCAUGACCGAGGUCUACAUCAUUGAAUCAAUACACACGACAAAGUCCAUCCUCCAGGAAUGUUUUAUCUCCAGCGUUGAGAACCUUCUGGAGGGUCAUGACUCUUGA